CUUCUCUCUCUCUCUCUCUUUCAUUUUUAUCGCAUCGUGCCGCUCCUUGUCGUUCUGCUCUUCAAUCUCGUCCGCGCGAGGCGAAGCGAAGCGAGGCGAAGCGAGGUGAAGCGAGGUAAAGAAAGGGGAAAAGAGAGCCAAACUGCGCAUCGUCGUCCGAGGACUCCGCGGGUGUCCGGACGAUCGAUAAUCCCGAGGCACGGGUCGAUUCUUCACCGCGUCUUAGGACGGAGUGACGGCGGGGAAAUCGGUCGCCGACGAAGCGGAAUGGUCAGGGAAUGCCGUCAGUUACAAGCGGCACGGCGGCCUGCAAUCCGGGGAUGUCGCACCACGGACGUAGCUCGUAGGUGAGAUGUCUCGCAGUCUGCCGGAGAGGGUGGCUGGGCUCUACUACGCCCACGGCCUAUUCUGCUCCUCCCAUCCCGUCAUCGUACUCUCGUUCGCGAUAUCGGUUCUCCUAUUAUGCUGCUGUCCGCUUGUCAAUUUGCCCAUGCCGGGCAAUGCCCCGAAAACCCUGAUCAACGAUACGGUUCCACCGGAGAAUGGCACGGAAACCUCGGUACUCUACGUCCAACAAGUGGUGCUAAGAAUCGGAGUGAUACCAUGGAGCGAAGAUCUGACGCUGAUGGAUGCCUUCAGAGGACCCCUAUACGAAGUGUUCAAUCUCUUGGAAAUCAUACAGAACUACCAGCAUCCAGAAACAUUAAAAACACUUGGCCAGGUAUGCUUGCAUAUCGAAGCGGUAAAGAAGAAAAACGGAAAGAAGGCCGAGGUUUUGCCGGAAUACAAUUGUCUUGUCUUAUCGCCCGCAAAUCUCUGGCAACAAAGUUUAGAGUUGUUUGCUCAAGACACAAAUCUCAUUAACACAAUAUUUUCUUAUCAGAAUCUUCAAAGGGGUAAGAUAAGCCUUGCAGAAGUAAUGUUUGGAAUGAGUUUGAAAGAAACGGGAGUGAAAAGAUAUCCUGCUCGAGUUCGUCAGAGAAUCCUCCAAUAUGCCGUAACCAUUUAUUUGAAGAAAUAUGAUCAAGAAUUUGUAAAAGGGUUGCAGCAUCGGUUAAAAACCUAUUAUCAUCUACAUCAAAAUACUGAUAAUAGCACGGAUGUUGAGACGCAUGAUGAGAUACUGAAUAUUUUCUAUCCUGGCAAAUUCAACUACAGUGAAUUCUUCCCGCUGAUGAUGACUUCCCUAGCGUUAUUUUUCUACGAAUACUUCCAAGUGCGGAAGAUAGAACUGGUCAAGUCUAAAAUUGGCAUUGCGUUUAGUGCUAGCGUGACAGUGAUGGGCUCGCUGUCUAUGACUGUGGGUGUGUGCUUUUUCUUCGGUUUGACUUUGAGUAUGAGUGCUAAAGAAGUAUUUCCGUACUUGGUGAUUAUCUUCGGCCUCGAAAACGUUCAGGUGUUGACCAAGAGCGUUGUCAGUACACCCGCCCAAUUGGACGUGAAAAUACGCGUCGCUCAAGCUUUAUCAAAGGAGGGAUGGUCCAUCACGAAGAACUUACUCACGGAAGUAACUAUUUUGACUGUCGGAUUAUUCACUUUCAUUCCUUCCAUCCAGGAAUUUUGUAUAUUUGCCAUUGUCGGAUUGUUUAAUGACUUUUUCCUGCAAAUGGUAUUCUUCUCGACGAUCUUGGCGAUCGACAUCAGACGAACGGAACUGUCCAGCGAGAAUUCCAAGUUUCACCUAUCGCACAUUCAGGCAUCACGCAGACAACAGUUUACCACUACCAUUACCAAUAGGAAACCCCAAAUAUUUCGCUCCAAGUCUCAUCCGAGAUUGAACGGUUUAUCUACCGGCCCGACGAACGUCAUCGCUCCGAAUACGCAAAAUACUCACACGCUGGCCAAGAUUCCCAAGCGUUUGAGACUGGUACAUUUAUGGGCGCGGACACGAAUCUUUCAACGUGCAUUUAUGGUAGGAAUGGUCGUGUGGAUCAGCAUGACCAUUAACGACUCUGGUAUCAUCGAGCAUAUAAUACACCUUAGCGAAACACUAAAGCCAGAAACUGAUAUUGAUGGAUAUACAGUGGACAAGCCUCAAUCAUUAAACAAUUAUGUCGAGUUAAAUACUGCAACGCCUAUAUCUGUGUCGCCCGCAACUAUAGAUCCGGCUAAUUUAAACGAACAGGAUUUAAAUAACAAUACAACAGAGGAAUUAAACAAAUUAAAACCUAUGGAUUUUCCACCUUGGAAUAGCUUAUCGCUAUAUCACUGGUCUUCGAUUCUCUUAAUGUACAAUGUGUCGAUAGCCGGUGGACGAGUGACUAUAUUACCGACGAUAAAGUUAUCGCACGCGGUGAGCCCGCAAUUAGCAAAGCAAAUCAGCAAUCCAAACGACGUUCAACACUUCCAGUGGCAAAGUCUCGCUACCGCCGCGCUCGAUCCUUUAGAUUUUUCAGAUAUGGAGGUGCCAUCGAGAUCUGAGGGACGCGUAUUUAAUACGGACGCGCCUUUCGUGCCGUCGAGCCCGAUGGAGAUAUUUCUGGCCGCUCUGCUGUGUCUUAUUAGCGUCAUCGUAGUCGCAUACACGAUGGUCGUGCUGUAUCGUUGUAUCUGCUCGAGGAAUUACGCGGAGUGGCGAGCCAGCUGGCACCAGCAAGAAAAGACCCACGACUCCGUUACUCAGUUAUUGCUGGAGGCGGUACCCCUGGUUCUGGAAGGCCAUACUCAGGAAGUGGAGUGCAUCGCGACGGAUAAUAAUACCAUCGCUAGCACGUGUUUGGCGGGGCACAUCAGGAUAUGGGAUUCGAUCUCCGGCGAGCAAUUGGCGCAUAUCGAUAGGCGACAGUUCUUCAGCGGUCCGCAAGGAGCGUUAAGUCAAACAUCACCGGACACCGACGAGUUGAUGUCGGAUUACGAGAGCGGUUCGCCGCCCUCCAGAGGAGAAAUGGAAGCUGCACAGUCGCUGGGACUUUAUUCACCGGCCUCGGCCAUGUAUCAGGGAAAGUUAUCACCCGCUUACAAUAUGCGAAAAGUUAAUAGUAAUAAUAACAACGAUCAUAAAAGACGAUCUAUAGGAAACGCAUUGGAUUACGAUUACCAAAUCAACGAGUUCAGCAGCGACAAGCAGAAAUUGCUACGUCGAAGCUUGGGUAGCACUUAUGAUCUUCCCGAUUUAAAACCGGCGAUUAAUAUCAAAUUCUCAACCAUAAGGUAUACGCCUUCGCAGAAGAAUUACGAUCAAGGCUUCGACUUUGGGGAUCGAUAUAAAAUUUUGUUAGAAGAGCACAAUAGAUCGAUUGAAGAGAUGCAGAAAUCUAAAGCCAGGGAACAAAUGAGCGUACCUCCUCCCACGAGAUUGAGUAAUUUAGUUGGCAGUACGUCUUCUAUAAAUACCGAUCGCACGAUACAGUCGUCACACAUUAUAUCGGCAAUUUGGUGUAUGGAUUAUCAGGAAAAUCUCAUAGUAGUGGGAUGCGCUAACGGCAGUCUAGAAUUCUGGGAAGGUACCACCGGUAGAUUCAAGUGUCUCUUUGAUGAUGGAUCGGGACUUGGGAUCUCUGCUGUUAAACUUGUCGGUAGUAGAGUAGUGGCGGCUAAAUUGAACGGAGCCGUCGAUUUUCUGCAACUCGAAAGUUACAGCGAAGGCCAGCAGAUUGAUUGGGGCUUCACGUCUUACAGAAGAACGCAUGUGCGAACGGGCAGCGCUGGUUCGCCUAUGGAUUUAAGUAACAGCAUGCAAACGGAGGAAGACCUGCGCUGCAUGAAAAUCGGCUCUCACAGAGCACAUCAGCAAGCGAUUACAGUUUUGGACAGCGAAGGUGGACGCGUAUUAACAGGCAGCCAGGAUCACACCCUGAAAGUAUACAGGCUAGAGGAUCAGCUACCCCUGUAUACGCUUCAUGGACAUUGCGGUCCGAUAUCGUGCCUCUUUAUCGAUAGAAUAAGUCCCAUGACAUCCGGUAGCGGGUCUCAAGAUGGAUUAUUGUGUGUGUGGGAUCUUUUGACAGGAGCAUGCAUGUAUAGUAUUCAAGCCCAUGAUGGUGCUGUAGCCGCUAUCACAUGUUCAGUGUCCUAUGUGAUAAGUAUCGGAACAGAUGAAAGACUGUGUGUCUGGGAGCGCUUUCAAGGACACUUAUUACAUACUUUGCCGGCACAUAAAGCAGCUUAUAGUUUACAAUUAGUGAUGCUAACGCAUCACCUCCUCAUAACUAGCAAUCAGGGAUCAUUAGUGGUUUGGGAUGUGAGAACGGGCGAGCCUGUGCGGGAAGUAAGAUUGGGUCAUAAAGACAGUUGCAUUUUUGUAAAGCAAAUGUUGGCAUUACGAGAUAGCGUCGUUUGCGACUAUGGUCGGCAGUUGAGAAUAGUUAGGUUUCCAUUGGUCUCUGAUAAGCUGGACUAAGUUGUUUUUAUGCGCGUGUACAUAGCCGUUUUUCUUUGUCUAGCAUAUUUUAGGUAAUAAUGAUUUGAAGAAGUGUCUUAUGUUAUUAGUCUCUGUUUAGAAAUUACAGAUUUUUAUACGACAUAUAUCGCGUGAACAUUCUAAAGAGUAAUGUAUAUUUUCGAUGUAAGUUUAUGUUGUAUGAUAAUACACGUCUUUACGAUAAUAUAUUUUUUAUCUGACGGAAACAUUAUAUACAUAAUCACAGUUUCGAUUUUUAUGCGGAAUCAUCGAUACUAAUGGCAUUAAACACCAAUUAAAAUGUGGAAGAAAUGAAGAUUAUAUAAUUAUACAUAUACAUGGU